AUGUGGCGCCUACUGGCGACUUCGCUGUUCCUACUGGGUCUCGCAUACGGAGACGAGGAAUUCGAGAAAGAGGAUGGUGUGUACGCCCUGACCGACAAGAACUUUGAUGACUAUGCCAAAGCUAACCCGACAUUUCUCACACUGUUUUAUGCGCCUGGGUGUUAUCACUGCAAGCAGUUUCUUCCGGUGUACGCGAAGGUUGCGCGACAAGUUGAAAUACCUCUAGUGAAGGUUAAUGUAGAAGUGGAGAAAGAACUGGCUAAACGCUAUGAGAUCAAAGGCUAUCCGACAUUGAAGCUCUGGAAAGAUAGCGAAGGACCACAGGAGUUUGACGGGAUUGGAAUGGAACUGGAUGAGGUCGUAGAAUGGGUUCGGUCUAAAACCGAUCCGAACUACACGCCACCUCCGGAAGCCGUCGUUACUCUCACUGCUGCUAAUUUCACUGCGUUUGUGAGCGAACAAGCUCUCUGUCUUGUGGAGUUUUACGCGCCAUGGUGUGGUCACUGUAAAAACUUGGCUCCACAGUACGAAAAGGCAGCAAGGAAGCUUAGGGAUCAGGGUAGUCACAUCAAACUUAUUAAAGUGAAUGCGGAAGCAGAAAAAGAGCUCGCUCAACAGUAUGGUGUCAGCGGCUUUCCCACUCUCCUUGUUAUGCGCCAUGGCAGAAGAUCGGAGUACAAGGGGCCUCGUGAUGCCAAUGGAAUUAUUAAUCACAUGAAGGAUUUGGCGAAGCCAGCUGCUAAGAAACUUGAGAACGCCAGUGCUAUUGACAGAUUCAUGGAGAAAGAAGAUGUAACAAUCGUGGCAUUCUUUGCUAGCGAAGACUCGACAACAUUCGAAGCUUUCAGCGAAGCGGCGGAGAUGCUACGAGAGGAUUUCAAGUCCAUGGGUUACACUACCGACUCGAAAGCAUUCAAGAAAUUUGAAGCGAAGCCUAAUGAUAUCAUUAUCUUCUACCCAACAAUAUUCCAAAGUAAAUUUGAACCCAAAAGCAGGACGUUCAACAAGCCUGGUGCUACGCCAGAGGAAUUGACUGCAUUCUUCCGUGACCACUGCACACCUCUUGUGGGCAAAAGGACCAAGGAUAAUAUCGCAACUCGAUACACCAAGUUCCCACUGGUUGUUGUCUACUACAACGCUGACUUCUCAUUGCAAUACAGAGAGGGUAGCGAAUAUUGGCGUCAGAAAGUGCUGAAUGUGGCGCAGAAGUACCAAAAGGAUAAAUAUCGCUUUGCUGUUGCUGACGAAGAAGAGUUUGAGGAUGAAUUGAAGAACGUUGGACUAGGUAGGAUAAUGGCUAAUUACGUAGUUAUUGCUUUCAUUUUUACUGUUUCGUUCAUUAUUUCUUUUUACUUUAUUCAUGUGUUCUUGAUUCUAGUGCUCUAG